AUGCCGAAUCCCAUCCGCGAAGACAUCACUACCCGGGAUGAUACAUCCUUCCCCUACAUCUUCGAGCAAAAUGUCACCAUUGCUUUGAAGGAUAAAUCAGGUCUUGUCCGAUGCAACGUCUACCGGCCCAAGGAGCUGGAAAAGGCCCCCGUGCUAGUCACUUACGGCCCCUACGGCAAAGAUAUUCCAUACUCGGACUUCCAUCCGAAGUCAUACAGCGAAGUCAACCCUGAGCAUCACUCUGCCCAUUCAGCCUGGGAGACUCCCGAUCCUGCCUUCUGGACUAAGCAUGGCUAUGCUGUUGUUCGGGCGGAUGAGCGAGGCACUGGCCAAUCCCGCGGAAAGCUGGACACCAUGUCCCGUGAAACAAGCGAGGCUUUCUUUGAUGUGGUCGAAUGGGCAGCUGAACAGCAAUGGUCCACUGGUAAAGUAGGACUGCUCGGAAUUAGUUACUAUGCUGGAAGUCAAUGGAGAGUCAGUGCGCGGCAACCCAAGGGCCUGUCGUGUAUUAUCCCGUGGGAGGGCAUGUCCGACUACUACCGUGAUCGUUGUCGCCACGGAGGUAUCCUUUCGAACGCCUUCAUCAAAUUCUGGUGGGACCGCCAGGUCGUCUCUAACCAGUACGGCCGGCCUGGUCGUGCUGCCCGUAACUGGGGUCCUGAUACCAUCGAGGGUGAUCUUCCCGAGGAGGAAUUGGAAGCGAACCGUCAGGACCAGACAAUCGACAACGUCAACAACCGAUUCCGCGAUGAUAUAUACUAUGCUAGUAAGGAGUACACUAUGUCCGAUAUUCAGGUGCCUCUUCUGUCCGUGGCCAACUGGGGUGGCAUUCUGCUGCACUUGCGGGGUAAUGUGGAGGGUUGGACCCAAGCAGGCAGCGAGUUGAAGUAUCUGCGCUUCAUCACCGGUCGCCAUGACCUGCCUUUCUACUAUUCGGAAGAAGUGGAAGUCCAGCGCAGCUUCUUAGACGCCUUCCUCAAGGGCGAGGAUCGAGAGGGAUGGUCCACUGGAACAGCCCCGAAGGUUGAUCUGGUUCUCCGCAAAGGAGACGUCGGAUUCAACAACGCUGAAGCAGAGAAGCAAUUCCCUCGCCGCACUGAAAAUGAAUGGCCCAUCGCCCGCACCCAAUACACGCGAUACUAUCUGACCUCGAAGCAAGAGCUGAUUACCACUGCUCCGCAAGAGCGCCCGGUCAAGAUCACUUACCCUGCUCUUGGCAAUCUGGAGAACCCGCAACUGGUGCAGUUCACCACUCCGCCAUUUGAGAGCGAGACAGAAAUCACCGGACACAUUGUCGCGCAUCUCAAUGUGUCGAUGAGCCCCCAGCCAGGCUCUCCCACUCCGCAAGAUAUCGACCUUUUCAUCACGCUGCGGUACAUCUCGCCCGAGGGCAAGGAGGUGUUCUACACCGGCACAGCUGGAGACCCAGUGCCUCUCUGCAAGGGCUGGCAGCGCGUCAGUCUGCGCAAGACAGACCCUGAGCAUCCUCGCCACCGUCCCUGGCUGCCCCAUCGCAAUUAUUACUCCACGGAUGUGCUCCCGGUCAUUCCGGGCGAGGUCUACCCGGUCGAUGUGGAGGUGUGGCCGACCAACGUCGUAGUCGAGAAGGGAGGAAAGAUUAUCCUCGAGGUCGCAUCUGGCGACACACAAGGAAGUGGAAUAUUCCAGCACAAUUCUCCUGUAGACCGAGACAGAUCCCCGGAGCGAUUCCACGGGCUCAACCAUAUCAACUUCGGCCACGGAGAUAACUAUGUCACUUUGCCGAUUAUCCCCCCGCGGGGCUGGCUGGAGGAACUCCGCAGGAAGUAG